UCAGAGAAGUGCGGUCGCAAUGAACUUGCACCUUAAUACUUUGCUUUUACUGUUUAUGGCCUUUUUAGGCCAGACAUGGGGCUACUCUUAUCUGAUGGUGAGCCAUACGGCAUCGAAAUCCCAUCAUGCCGUCGGACUAGCGUUAGCCAAAGGUCUAGCUGCCGCUGGUCAUGAAGUAACUUUGAUAUCACCAUUUCCACAAAAGCAACCUAUUAAGAAUAUAAUCGACGUGGAAACACCGAAUAUUAUCACCGUAAUGGGAGUUCACAAGGCGCGAAUCCUGGAGAAUGCCAAGAAAAAUGUAGUACAGCGUUAUCCAAGGCUGAGCUUGAUGGGUUUGGAUUUGACAGAGGCUCUUUUCAAGGCUCCGGCCGUGCAGGAGCUAUUGACUCAAAAGCGAACCUUCGAUGGAGUCAUUGUUGAGACCUUUAUGAACGAUGCUCACUACGGAUUUGCUGAACACUUUGGAGCUCCAUUAAUCUCACUGAGCAGUUUGGGAGCCACUGGAUGGACCUCUGAUCUGGUGGGCACACCAUCACCACCUUCAUAUGUGCCGCAUGCUUUACUGCAAUUUAGUGAUUACAUGAACUUCUGGCAGCGAGCACAGAAUCUAGGAUUUCAGACUUAUGAAUUUAUCUAUCAGAAUUUGAUAAAUCUUCCCAGACAUGAGGCCCUAUAUAAGAAGUAUUUCCCCAAUAACAAACAGGACUUUUAUGAGAUGCGCAAGAGUACAUCGUUGGUGUUACUUAACAAUCAUGUUUCUCUCAGCAAUCCACGUCCUUAUUCACCAAACAUGAUUGAAGUUGGUGGAAUGCACGUGAAUCGAAAGGCUCCAAAGCCUCUGCCCAAGGAUAUCCGGAAAUUCAUCGAGGGAGCCGAACAUGGUGUUAUUUAUUUCUCAUUGGGUUCCAAUCUGAAUAGCAAAGAUUUACCCAAGAAGAAGCGAAAAGCCAUUGUUGAGACUUUAAGGGGCCUCAAGUAUCGAGUACUUUGGAAAUACGAGGAAGAAAACUUUGUUGAUAAGCCAGAUAAUGUGUUGGUAUCCAAGUGGUUCCCGCAGGAUGAUAUCCUGGCUCAUGACAAAGUAAUUGCCUUUAUAACCCAUGGCGGGCUCUUGAGCACCAUGGAAUCAAUUUACCAUGGCAAACCAGUUGUUGGAAUUCCCUUUUUCGGUGAUCAAUUUAUGAAUAUGGCGAGAGCCGAACAAUCGGGCUAUGGAAUCACUGUAAAAUAUGCUGAACUAUCUGCUCCUUUAUUCCGAUCUGCCAUCGAUAGGAUUACCACUGAUCCUAGCUACCUUGAGAGGGUCAAGAUCAUAUCCAAUCAAUUUCGGGAUCAAAAGGAGACGCCUCUGGAGCGGGCUGUAUACUGGGUAGAGCAUGUGACUCGUCAGAAGGGUGCCAAGUACCUGAGAAGUGCCUGUCAGGAUCUGACCGUUAUCGAGUACCACAACCUGGAUGUGUUGGCAGCAUUCUUUACGGCUCUCGGCCUAGUUUUCAUUUUUGUUUUUCUAACAAUUCGAUUUCUAGUUUCUAAGGUGAAAGGUAGCUCUUUGAAAUCUAAAAGUUCUAAGAAAAAAUUCGGAAAACUACAAAUUAAAACAAAAAUGAAACCAACAUCUGGCCAAACCAGUUUUCUGGCCCUGCUGCUGGUAUGCCUGCUGAGCUGCGUGUCUGCCUAUAACUACCUGAUGGUCCUCCAUACCGCUGCUCGAUCGCAUUACCAUGUGGGUUCAGCCCUGGCCAAGGGACUAGCCAAUGCGGGUCAUCAGGUGACAAUAAUCUCACCAUUCGAGCUGAAGAAACCGAUAAAAAACAUAAAAGAUGUUCAGGUCAAGAGCAUUCUUGCAGUCAUGCAAGAAAGAAUGGCCAACCUAUUGGAAUCAUCCAAGGAGCCAAUAAUCAAGCAGAUCAUUGAAUUCCAUGAGAUGGGCCUUAGUCUAACGGAAAGAUUGCUCAGUGAACCCAUAGUGACGGAGCUAAUGAAAUCUAAUCAGACCUUUGAUGCCGUCAUAUCCGAGGUUUUCCUCAACGAAGCUCAUUUCGGAUUUGCAGAACAUUUCAAGGCGCCGCUUAUAGGUCUGGGUACCUUUGGAGCCAUCAGUUGGAAUACAGAUCUGGUUGGAUCUCCUUCUCCUCCCUCAUAUGUUCCAAGUGCAUUGCUAAAGUUUAAUGACCAUAUGUCACUGGCCGAGCGAGUGGGCAAUCUGGCUUUCCUCACCUACGAAUACCUUUUCCUUAACUACUUCUAUCUGCCGCGCCAAGAAGUCCUUUACCGGAAGUUUUUCCCAAAUAAUAAGCAGGACUUUUAUGAGAUGCGCAAGAACACUGCAUUGGUUCUGCUGAAUCAACAUGUAUCGCUUAGUUUCCCUCGCCCAUAUUCACCCAACAUGAUUGAGGUGGGCGGUAUGCAUAUCAAUCGAAAGCGCCAACCGCUGCCCAAGGAUAUCCAGGAGUUCAUCGAGGGAGCCGAACAUGGAGUUAUAUACUUCUCAAUGGGUUCUAACCUAAAGAGCAAAACACUUCCCUUGGACAAACGUCAGGCAUUGAUUGACACUUUUGCCCAACUAAAACAAAGAGUUCUGUGGAAGUUCGAGGAUACUGAUUUACCUGGAAAGCCAGCCAAUGUCUUUAUUUCGGAUUGGUUCCCCCAGGAUGACAUCCUUGCCCAUGACAAUGUGAUAGCCUUUAUUACCCACGGUGGUUUGCUGAGUACCACCGAGUCGAUUUAUCAUCGCAAACCCUUUGUGGGCAUUCCAAUCUUUGGCGAUCAGUUCCUGAACAUGGCUCGAGCAGAACAGAAUGGUUAUGGAGUAACUGUUCACUACGAGGCUUUAACUGCUCCCAAACUUUUGGAGGCCAUUCAACGACUUAUUCAAGAUCCGGAGGCCAGGCAGAAGGUGCGCGACAUGUCCGACAGGUAUAGGGAUCAACCCGAGACACCGUUGGAGCGAGCUGUUUUCUGGGUGGAGCACGUGUCCCGACACAAGGGUGCCAAGUACUUGAGGAGCGCCUCCCAGGAUCUGAACUUUAUUCAAUAUCACAAUCUGGAUGCCAUGUUUAUCCUAUAUGGCGGUAUAAUAUUUGUGUUCUAUUGUAUUUUCCUGCUGGUCCGUUGGGUGUGGCGUCUAUUGCAGGAAUUCUUCCUCAAGAAAGCUAGUACUAAGUCAAAACAAAAAGUCAAGAAGAACUAAGCUAAAGUUAUGGCUAAUUCUAGCAUCCAUGACCAGUUUUAACUUAGGGUACCUUAAAAUAAAUGCGGUGCUUACUGAUUAAAUGGUGGAGAUUUGUAGCUUUAAUAGAGUGCAAUAUUCUGUUGGUGAAUAUAUUUUUUAUAUUUAUUUUUCUCAAAUCCAAACCCUCCCAAUUUAAAUAAACUAAACUGCACUUUUUCUUUGA